AUGAUUGCUCCGGCACAACAUAUUCCUAAGGCUCUUUUACUAGCCUCUAUGCUUAUGUUGGUUUUACCCAUCUCUUCCUAUUUCUUUGCUAGACGGUUGAUUAUGUUGAAAAAGGCACGAAGAGUUGUUAUUCGUGGUGUUGGUAUGGUUUCCUGUCUCGGGGUGACAUCUUCCUCUACUUGGACACGUCUUUUAGAAAACAAAAGUGGCAUCAGCCUUCUUGACUGUAAACAUCCUAAAAUACAUGGUCCUUCUCCUUGCCAUAUUGGCGGCAGUGUCAACAAUGAGGCAAUGGAAUCCCGAUGGAGUGACCUAUUGUCCGACCAAUUGCGUUUACGUGGUGUCGAAAAACAAAUAGAUCGGAGGGCUAUGUCUCGUACCAGUAUCCUUGGUAUGCUCGCUGCCCAGGAAGCUUUCAAACAAUCUGGUUGGUUACCUCAUGACUCCCAAACCUCUUCUCCCCGUGAUUACUCAUCCCUCGAUGAUACCAGCUACCGAGCAGGUACCUACUUCAGCACAGGUCUAGAGGGCAUUGACGAAAUUAUAAUCAGUCAAGCACGGGUUAAUAAGAAGGGUUAUUCAGGAAUGGGAGCUCAUGUGUUGCCUCGAACUCUGGCCAAUAUGCCUGUGGCUCAUAUCAGUCGAGCAUGGGGUCUGAGAGGUCCCACAAUGUCCUGCAGCACCGCUUGUGCAUCUGGUCUACAUUCGAUUGGAGAGGCUUUCCGAAUGAUUCAACAUGGAGAAGCUGAUAUGGUUCUUGCGGGAGCAUCAGAGGCACCAUUGAAUGCCUGGUCAUUGAUGGCUUUCUCGAGAAUUCGAGCCCUUUCAAUGGAGACGAAUGAGGAGUUGGCUUCACGACCAUUUGAUUCCUCUAGAGAUGGAUUUGUUAUGGCUGAAGGAGCAGCAGCGGUUGUUUUGGAGUCUUGGCCCCCCAAAAAUCCCUUAAUGUCUUCAUUUCAGCCGCCUAUAGCUGAAGUUCUUGGAUUUGGAAGAUCAGCGGACGCGUUCUCUUUAGUUUCUCCUGAACCUUCGGGCGAUGGAGCCUUCCGGUGCAUGAAAGCUGCCUUAGAUGAUGCUGGUAUAGAGUCCCUAGAAGAGCUAGGACAUAUUAACUGCCACGCUACUUCAACUCCUGUUGGCGACGUAAUUGAACUCGCAGCUGUGGCAAAACUGCUAUUAUCCUACAAAAGACGCAGCUCUAACGCCUCUCCAAUUCAAGUAAACUCAAUAAAGGGUCAUCUCGGACAUAGUUUGGGUGCAGCAGGGGCUAUAGAGGCCGUUUACUCUGCCUUGGCUGCUCAAAAUGGUGUGUGCGUCGCCACUCGUAAUUUAGAGAAACCCUGUUCACCUGACGAGGUCAUUGAAACCCUAGAGCACACCGGUGACAAAGAGGCGGCACGCAAAAUGACUGAGAACCUCUUUGAGAGUAUCACAUUUGAAGCGGAUCAUGAGUGGGGCAAGCGAAGCAAGAGGAGACUUGUACUGACGAAUUCAUUUGGAUUUGGCGGAACGAACGGAUGCCUUUUACUCUCUAAUUGGAUCGAGUAG